CAGUGACGCCUUUAAACACAACUAACAGAACCCUCAGCAUGGUACCCCCCCCUCAGGUACCCCCACCCCAGGUGACAAACCCCCUCAAACAAGGCGUGAUAACCACCCCACUCCAGAGGACGCUUCCCAGCACCAUCAGUAAGAUAAGCCCCGGAUUUGCCUCCCCCGAUGCCGGUUUUGGCGGAGACGGUUUCUAUGACGACUCUCCUGCCAUGCCAACCGCAUCAGUUUUUAAACACCACAGCACCAGGCUUCACUACUGGGAACAAGAAGAAACCUCUCGAACUUUCUUCAGAGAAGAGACCCCAACCACAACUGGUCAAACAGCACCACAAAUUCAAGCCAAGUACUGUACAAAGGGCGUCCGAUCUCUCUGUCAACCGAAGUCUCCAUUCGGCACAGUCGUUUCAGUGGAACCAAUUUCCCCCACUCCAAGGACUGCUCAAGGUGUUCCGUCAGACGUUUGUUUGCAUCAGUUCCGUCCUGAGCAACUCGAAGCUAUCAACGCAGCGCUGCUCGGUGAAGAUUGCUUCGUUCUCAUGCCAACAGGUGGAGGCAAGAGUUUGACUUAUCAGCUGCCGGGCGUUUUAACGGACGGUGUAACGUUCGUCGUCUCCCCACUCAAGUCACUCAUACAAGACCAGGUCCAGCGACUCGUCUCCUUGGAGAUUCCUGCUGCGCAUUUAUCUGGUGAAUUGAAGUCGGAUUUUGUGGAUUCCAUCUACCGUCAGUUGUCUCUUAGAGACCCAGGAGUCAAGCUGCUCUAUGUCACUCCGGAGAAGAUCAGCGCAAGUACCAAGCUCAUCUCGGCCAUGGAGCAUCUGUAUCACAGGAAGAUGCUUGCUCGGUUUGUCAUCGAUGAAGCCCACUGCGUCAGCCAAUGGGGUCACGAUUUCCGCCCAGACUACAAGAAACUGUGCAAGCUGCGCCAGAAGUUCCCCGGUGUCCCCGUCAUGGCUUUAACGGCUACGGCUACCCCAAGAGUACAGAAGGAUAUACUGCACCAGCUGGCAAUGCCAAAGCCACAGAUAUUCACUCGUAGUUUUGAUCGGAGCAAUCUCCAGUUUUCUGUCAAAAAGAAAGAGCCUCGCAAACUGAUUCAGCACAUCACGCAGCUACUACAAUCCACGUUCAGGGGCCAGUCGGGCAUCAUCUACUGCCUCUCAAGGAAAGAAUGCGAGAAGACGGCCGAAGAUUUAUGCCGGAACGGAAUCAAGGCGUGUCCCUACCACGCUGGCCAGAGUGACUCGGACCGAGCGAGGGUACAGGAGAAAUGGAUCAGCGAUGAAUACAAGGUUGUGUGUGCUACCAUAGCCUUCGGUAUGGGGAUAGAUAAACCGGAUGUACGUUUCGUCAUGCAUUACUCUCUACCCAAGUCGAUGGAGGGCUACUACCAGGAAGCCGGGAGGGCAGGUCGAGAUGGAGAGCUCGCCAAGUGUAUCUUGUAUUACUCCUAUCAAGACGUUACCAGAUUACGCCGGAUGGUGGAAGGUGAUAGAGACAAUAAUUAUGAAGUGACGAAAGUCCAUCUGGACAACCUGUAUCGCAUGGUGCAGUUCUGCGAGAACAGCGUGGAUUGUCGACGCGUGCAGUUGCUGAAUUACUUCGGAGAAACAACUUACACCAAGGAGAAGUGUCUGCAGAAUCGACAGACCGCCUGCGAUAACUGUCUGUCUGGGAGUGCCUACUCCACUGUUGACAUGACCAGCAUCGCUAAGAAGAUUGUGGAGUUUGCUAAGCAGAUCGAUGGAGCUCCGUCAUUCAGGCAGGGAUACAAGAGACGAUACGCCCCCCAGUUCACCCUCAAUCACUACGCUGAUGUACUCAUGGGAAGUAACUCGGCCAAGGUCACUCAGAACGGACACGCCAGCAGCCCGAUCUACAACCUGAUGAAGGGUCGGGAUUAUCAACGUCACGACUGCGAGAGACUUCUACGUAAGAUGGUCCUAGAUGGACUACUGCGGGAAGAGUUGGUGAUCGGAGCUCACGAUCAGGCGCUGUGUUACGUCAAAGUCGGACCUAAGGCCUUCGAUUUGCUGUCUGGACGUUCAAAGAUGGAACUAAAAUUGACCAACGCCAAAGCCGCCAAAGCCUUGCAGAUGUCCACUCAAGUUCCAAACGAGGCCCUCAACGCACCGAGACAGAAACUCCUGGAUGAGUUACGAGUCAUCCGCAGGCAGAUUGCUGUGGAAAGCAACAUGAACCCUGAUAACGUCUUCAACGAUGAGACGUUGAGAGAGAUGGCUGACCAGCUGCCGAUGGCCAAAGAGGAACUGGUGGAGCUGACCGGAGUGACCGUUCCUAAAGCCACUCGUUUCGGCCAGCGAUUUCUGGAGACGAUCACCAAAUACCUGCCGGAUAUGUUACAAGAGGAAGAUGAUUUUGCAAGCUCUGAUCCAUCCUCUUCGGUUUAUUUCAACAACACCGUCGCUAACACAGCCACAAAUGCCGCACAGAUAGCCGAUCGUCCAAACGAGCGCCGCGCAAGAGAAAACGCGAAGGUAACAACAACCCAACGAAGAGUAAACGUGUCCGCGCCGCAUCCAACAAGAGAAAAGGCAACGACGGAAGCGACAGCAACAACGCCUCAAACGGAUUCAACUUCAACAGUGGAGCCGGACACCAGACUACUAAUUUGAAUCAGUUCAAGUUCCAGAAGCCAUCCG